UUUACCGAACAUACAUUUUUGCCGAAGGAUUUCUUUUCUCCUUUGUGCCAUAAUUAUGGGUUAGAAAAUGUCGAACACUGAUACAAUGGAAGCUCACGCAUCGACUGCCGUUGUCGAGCAAGAGAAAAAUAAAAACGAUGACGUUGUGAUGAAAGAUGACCCGGAUUCCGACGAAGAGGAAGAAGUCAAUCUUGCUGAAAUUAAAUUACUUAAUGAAAAAAUAAGCAACUCUCCAUACAACUACCAAGCGCAUGUGGAUCGAAUAGCUUUGUUAAGAAAAUGUGGUGAGUUUGAAAAUCUAUCGUCUGCUCGACAUAAGAUGAAGGAUUUGUUCCCACUUACAAAGCAAUUAUGGCUUGAAUGGCUGGAAGAUGAACAAAAAUUUGCCGAGUCAGAAGAUGACCAUCAAAAACUUGAGUCAUUGUUUGAACUAGCUGUUCAAGAUUAUCUGUCUUGUGAAAUAUGGUUGGAAUAUAUUCAAUAUUCCAUUCGUUAUAUUGGCACUUCAGAUGGAGUAAAAAAGCUACGAAAUUUAGCGGAACGAGCUUUAUCUUCGGUUGGUCUUCAUGUAUUAAAAGGUUCAUCUGUUUGGGAGGCAUACAGGGAGAUAGAAAGUGCCGUUCUUGCUACAAUACAGCCACAACCAGGCAGUAUCACUACACCAGAACAAAAUGAUCAGAUUAUUCAACAAACAGCAAAAGUUGGACUUCUUUUCACCAGGCAACUGGCAGUACCAUUGCUUAACAUGGAAUCCACCAUGGUUGAAUAUGAAGAAUGGUGGAAAGAUAACGGAGAUGGGGAAAUCCCUGAAUCGGUACUACAUUCUUACGAUAAAGCUCUCGAACAAAUGGAAGAAUUGAAAAUAAUGGAACUUGCUUUGGAAUCUGCUGAAUCUCCCAAAACUGAAGAAUACAACGCAUAUAUUGACCAUGAGAUGAAAUCAAACAACCCUGCGCGUAUACAAUGUAUUUACGAACGUGCGAUCACCGAUAAUUGCCUCAAUGCUCAACUAUGGAUGGACUACCUUAAAUACUUGACAAACACAUUAAAGAGUGGACCCAUCGUGCUAUCUGCUUACAAACGAUCAGUAAGGAACUGCCCAUGGGUAGCCAAGCUAUGGGUUGGGUUGGUUCUUACUUUAGAGAGGAAUAGUGAACCUCAAAAUAAGGUUGAAGAAGGGCUUAACGAAGCAUUGGCUGUUGGUUUCUCAUCAGCGUCAGAAUACUUGGAGUUGUGGAGGUGUUGGUGUGAUUACAUUCGAAGAACUCAUGAAGAAAACCCUCAAGAAGGAAUGACAGUUGUACGAACUGAGUUUAAACGAGCUACGUCACAUUUGUUGAACGAGGUUUUACCAGGUUUCAGUGAAAAUGCGGACCACGAUUACACGAUGUGGAUUUACUGGGCGAAUAUUGAAGCACGAGGAUCACAAGGUAUCGAUGAAGCUCGGAAGAUAAUGGAGGAAGUGAUGAAACAUCCGGAUGCAAGGUUGAACUGGAAGAUUUGGGAGCAAUAUUACCAUCUUGAGAGAUUACACGGCGAUUUAACUCACGCUCGAAAUGUGCUGCGUCAUGCUGUGCAGUCAAGCGCGGCUGAUGAUGGAAGUGCUGAGUCAGCAUGUGAGUUCCUCAUCCGAUUCGAGCGAGAAAACGGAAGUUUAUCGGAUCUCGAUGAAUCAAUAAAGAAAGUUGAAGGAAGGAUGAGUAAAGUCAUCAAAAGGAGGGAAAAACUUGUCGCGUUUGCUGAGGAAAGACAGAAAAAACAAGGUGGUAAGAAAUUUGAUAAAAAUAAAAAGCCUCGCCAUAGUCCAAACAAGAAAGAAAACAGACAAGCAACUAAAAGGAAUAUUUCUAACACUGAACCACAAGAAAACAUAAAAAGAAAACGAACACAUUCACCCAAUAAAGAAGGAUUUAAAGAACCAGCAGGCCUCCCACCACGAUUUGUGAAAGCAAAAUCUCCAGAGAAAACAAUAGCGCCACCACCUGGAUAUAAACCCGACAAACAACAAGGACAAGAAAAUGAAGCCCCAACGCCUAUGUCUGAGGACCAACCUGCCCAAGCCACGAUAACGAGCGAUGAACGAACAGCGGAGGGCGAUAAACACACCGUGUUUAUCAGUAAUAUGAGCUAUAGUGUCCAGUCUCCUGAGGAAAAGCUUAAAAUUAUGUUCGGAUGUUGUGGUGAUGUGAAGUCAGUUAGAGUAGUGAGAGAUCAUAAAGGGAAGAUGAGAGGAUUCGGGUUCGUUACUUUCCAUCAAAUCGAGGACGUGGAAAAAGCGCUCAAUCUCGAUCGACAACCAUUAGAGGGCAGGCCAUUAUACGUUUCAAGAAACACUGAAAAAUCAAAUCGUCAAAAGGUGUUCAAAUAUGAGACAAAAAUAGAGAAACACAAGUUGUUCGUAUCCGGGCUUAACUUUGCUACCACUGAAGAAACGUUGCAGAAGGUUUUCUCCGAACACGGUGUCGUGAAGUCGGCUCGUAUAGUAGUUACCAAGGGGGGCAAAUCAAAGGGGAUUGCGUUUAUUGAAUACGAGAAUGAGUCUGAUGCAGCACAAGCUGUUAUGAAAAUGGACGAAACUGAGAUGGAUGGUUUCACUAUUAAGGUUGCUAUUAGCAACCCUCCACCACGAGGACGUAGUUCAACUAUGGGAAAAUCACUUGGUCAAGUUGAGCGCGGUACUACUGUUGGAAGUCGUGGAAAGGGCAAGAGCCAGGUGACUCUAAUCCCAAGGUCACUACAGAGUUCAAAAGUCACCAAACCAGACACAAUUGGAAAACAAGAAAAAGACGCAAACGACAAUACUAUCCAUUCCAAAGGGUUAAGCAAUAGGGAUUUUGCUGGCCUUUAUUCAAACCCUUAAAGUGGAACUGUUAAGUUAGAAAUACGUUCUUUUCACAUGAUUCUGUUAAUCGACCACGCGUGGCGGAAAAGUUGGUUUUUAGGGCAAAGGUAGUUUGCUGACUGCCCGACUUUUUUACGUUGUCAAAUCAAGUUCAUUUUAAAAACCGCUGAGUUACUGCACAAAGUGCGUAUCUUUUUUAAUCAUAAAAGUCGACAAAAGCAA